AUGAUUCGCAUAUUUUCUCUAAUAUUUCUUUUUGUCUAUUUACAUUCAGUUACUCUUGCCGAUGAUUUAAUUUUGGUUAAGCUCGGUGAAAACGCGACUAUUCCACUUCCAGUCAGCGCCAAUUAUCGGAGAAUCGUGAAAGAUGUCGAUUAUAAGGAUGAAGAGCAUCUCUAUAGAGUUUGUAAUGGGAAAAACAAGGCGAAAUGCGGGUAUUGGGAAAAUGUGAAGACCAAGAAGAAGAUGGCUUCCGGAAAAACGAUCUACAACAAGAACAAGAGAACCCUGAUAGUCCGAAACAUGCUGGCAACCGAUUUCGGCGAUUAUAUGACUGGAAACAAGAAGCAGAAAAAGACAGUGAUAAAGUUGAUUGUUAAGGGAUAA